AUGCCACAUGGUGCCAAAGGUUCAGUUCUCGCCUGCGUGAAUUCGUUGGCUGUUUCGGUGGGAGCUUCUGAUGCGCGUCCAGCAUGGGAGCACCUCUUAAAACGCACGAAGGACGGAACUGCAACGACAUACCCAGCUGCCGAGACCCUGCUGGUGCUGCUCUGGAAUCUUCGGAGUGCCGGCCGCACCGCAGCGGCGAUUUCACUGGAACUGCUUGUCGCAAGGCUGGGGCUCGCACAGUCCUGCAACUGCGACCACGAGCCCGUUCUGAAGGUCUUGUUCUUGCUUAGCCAGACUAUGGCCUCGGAUUCCGGACUCGGCACGGUGUCUAGGCAGGCACUGUAUGAGACUGGCUGCAUGCCAAGCACGAGAGCUGCCGGCAGCUUCCUGCGCAGAAGUUCUGGAAGACAAACGGAGGCGGAGCUGCAGCGACACCUUAAGAACAGCGGGAGUCUGUCCGCUUGGCCCAGCGAGCCCAAGCAGCAGCCUCUCACAGAUCCAGAUCCAUGGCACUGGCUCAGACCGCAGGUUGUAAAGAACAUGCAGGAAUGCGAGGCACAGUCGGAAGUGGAAGUGAAGGCUCCAGUAAAGGCUUCCGAGAAGGUGUCGGGUUUCUUCGAUAAUCCGAGGUGUGAGUUGGCGGACCAUCCAGAGCCGGACAGCGAGCCUCCCUGCAUGGAAGCAGCACGGGCGCAACCAGCGAUGAAGUCCAUGAUAGGCUCCGUCCAUGAAGAUGCUGCCCAUGGAAGCAGUCGGCAGGAAAAGUGGCAGCGUUUGUGGGAGAGCACAGUCUCGGCAGUGGACUCUCGCGAAUCUUGGGGUCACAUCGGCGCUUCAACGUCUUCGCAAGCUGCGGGUUCGCUAAUGCUUCGCUUUGCCUGGCUCGCACUUCACGGAAUCUCAUCUUCCUGCUUCAAGGUCCGUGACAUGCUUGUGCAGUGCAUCGCGAAGGGUUCACAGCAAUCACUACUGGGAGCAUGGGCGGAUAUCUGCAGCAGCUGCAUGCGACUGAAGCAGUUAUCCGGUUCCCUCGGCCGCAGUGCGAGCCUGACUGCACAGGCAUUGGGGAGUGUAAACCGAGAUCUGCUGAAUAUCCUGGACGGAAAGGUAGCCGCUGCUCUGCGAGAAGGCCGCAGCUUCCUGCAGUUCUGGGUAGGGCUGCAGCCGUGGCUGCGGCAGCUGCAAGAAGUGCUGGCUCUCCACGGCUGCCAGAAGCAGUCGAAGCAGCCAGUGGCGCAGGCCCUGUCGGCCCUGUCUCAAGGACAGCUCUUGGACGGCUUGCUGGGCUUUGUCCGUGCCCACGAACUGUCCGCGCUGCGGUGGCAGGCAUGCAGCCGCCCGCGGGGAUCACUGGAGCCGGCACAUCCCAUGGACCUGGUGCCCUUGUGGAUCCUGCAACGCUCGCUGCAGCCACUGUUUCAAAGCCUCACCGUGCGGAUGCGAGGUGAGGAGAGCGACGCCCCCAGCCGCGGCUCCACAUUCCCGGAUUUCUUGAGUUCCAUCCACGCCCCACUUUCCUCGCUGCCCCACAAGUUGCGGAUCCUGGAUUGCAGCGAGCCAGGUGACGAGGCCUCGUACCCUGUCUAUUCUUCCGGCAGGUGUUUUGACAGCUUCGGCCGCGAAGCACGAGCCUUUGCGUCCACGAGAUCAGAUCUUGAUGUGGAUGAGAAUGAAGAAACCAACCCGAUGAGGAACUCCGGCUGCCGCCUGCUCGUAUCCGCACACGGCGGCUCCAGGCCACCUGACCCAGAAGCUGCUAAAGAGCUUACGGAUCAGCUAGUGUUUAGGCGGACGUCGGAACGACUUCGGGGACUUCAAGCUCAAAGCCAUCGUCCCUCCACGCCACAAGCUCUUCCCGCUACAACCACUGCUGCUGCUAACUUGGAGGAUGCUAGACAGAAGCAGCAAAAACAGCAAGAGUACAAGGCCGCUCUGGAUGCGCAGGUGGCAGAACGAGCAGAGCUUCUGCGCAAUGAGGGCAGACGUGAGGAGGAGACAGCCUUAGCUGUUUUGCAGCCACCCUCUCCACGUACUCUGCAAGAUGCAAGAGAAGCGCUCGCCGAAGGGCAUCGCCAGCGGAUGCAGCAGGCGGCCCAGGAGCAGCAAUUGCUGAAGUGGAAGCUGCACCGCCUCCGGGGCACGCCUGCAUCCAGCGAUCACAAUCGGCCCGAGCAGCCAGGCUUCUUGGCCGCUACGGCACUUGCUUGCAGCCCUGCAGAGGGCCCUGUGGAGCUGGGUUCAGAGCAAGAAGCUCCGCAGGAAGUGGCACACGGGCUGAAGGGCCUCGUGCGAACGGUGCUUCAAGGACUUUACGCCCGUGCAGGUGUGCACCAGGCACCUGUCGCCGAAGCUCCGAGCACGGGCGCAGCGAGCGCAGUGCGCACGAUGCUCGAAGUGCCCCUGGACGUUGAGGCGACAGCACCAACUUCGCCUUUGAGGCCUAUCGAGGUCCAAAACCCUGCUCCGUCGUCGCCGCUUGUUUCUGCCGACGGCAACGUCGCCGCCACUGCGAAGCCGGAAGCUUUCGAGCGGCCGCCGCUCUACACCGAGGCCGAGUCGAUGGACAUGACCGAGGAUGCAGAAAUGAUCUGGAAGGGCGGGGCGGUGCCGCUGGAAGUUAGUUUGGAGAAUUGCCUCAUCCGACCACUCCGCAUUCAGUCGCAUUGGGUGGAGAAGGCUGUGGUCACGAAGUUCGUCUUCGAGCUGAAUCUUCCUCGCCAUCUGAAGCUGAUGCAGCGCUACAUCUUGAUGGGCGAGUCACGACUGCUGGAGCCUUUUCUGGCGAAGGCCAUCGCCCUCUAUGCCAACCGGCCAAUCCUUGAAGAGGCCUCCGUUGUGGAAGGAGCGCUCCAGGCGCUCUUCCAGUCGGUGGUGCCGCGGCCCUCGUCUCCGGAGGAUGACGCUCUGCUGAGCAGAAUCUUUCUGCAGCUUAGCCCUGCGCCCUCCUUACUAGGCCACGGGCCGGUGUCUUUCCUUGAUGGCAUCAGGUUCAGAAUGAAGCUCGAGUUCCCCAUGAGCGAGAUCUUCACCGAGCGUGUGCUGAUGCAGUACACGAGGCUCUUCCGGAUCAUCGCUUUGGCCCACCACGCCCUCGAGUGCCUCAAGGGAGCUUGGGGUGCCCUGGCCGGUCUCGGUGCAGGGAGCAGGGGCUCUGCGAUGCCACCGACGGCCCUCAUCGCAUUGCGCCAUGAACUUCACCAUUUCGCGGCCACAAUUCAUCGCUACCUCCUGGUAGAUGUCGUGGCCACGGAGUUCAAGCAGUUGGAAGCGAAGGUGAUGGAAGCUUCCUCCCUGGACACACUCCUCGCCGCCCACAGCGGUUGCCUCCGGCGCUGCGUGGCCCGGAGCUUCCUGGAGGCUGGCUCGCAGGACGCCCUGACUGCAGUGGUCGGCAUCCUGGACCAGGCCUUGGAGCUGUCGUGCCUGCUUGAAGAGGUGGAUUUGCAGCUGCCAUCUCUGCCGGCUUCGGUGAUUGUCCGCUUGCGUCGCAUUGAGACGACAUUUUGCGACUUAAGGAGAAGCCUGAAGCUCUGCUACAUGGACGGAGGAUUGGCUGAAGCAGAUGGGCUGGUGCAGGAGGUUCUUCCGGCUGCCGAUGACUUCAGCUAG